AAGUUUGCUUCUGAUGGCAACCAAAGCUCCAGAUCGGUCUUUGUAGAAAUUUUGGACGAGCCUAGCUUCUUGAAGCCACGAAUGAUGGAGGUCAACACAGAUCCUAGCUCAUCAAGUUGGACAGAUCCAAUUAUCUUGUAUCUACAAGAUGGAACAGCGCCUGCGGAUAAACAGGAAGAGAUGAGAUCUUUCUCACUCCCUUUGCUCCGCUGCCUAACCCCUUACGAGGCUGAAUACGCACUUCGGGAGGUGCAUGAAGGUGUCUACGGAAGUCACAUAGGUGCUCGAACUUUGGCCCAUAAAGUCCUUAGACAAGGUUAUUAUUGGCCCAACAUGUAUAAGGAUGCCAUCCAGUUCAUACGAAGGUGUCAGAAAUGUCAGUUCUUCACACAUCUAAUCCACCAGCUUGCAGAAGAACUCACUACUCUGGUAGCACCUCGGCCAUUUGCUCAGUUGGGUCUUGACCUUUUAGGUCCAUUUAUGAGGGGGGUAGGAGGUGUAACCCAUCUCAUCGUUGGUGUGGAUUAUUUCACAAAAUGGGUUGAAGCUCGGGCACUAUCCAAUCUUACCACCAAGAAGGUCGAAGACUUUGUUUUCAUCUCGAUUAUUUGCAGAUAUGAGAUCCCAAGCCAAAUCGUAGCUGACAACGGAACUCAAUUCAAUUGCUCCUCAUUCUGGGAUUUCUGUUCCAGCUACGGGAUCAAACUGCAAUUCACCUCGGUUUACCAUCCGGAGUCCAAUGGCAUGGUCGAAUCUGUUAACAAAUGUAUCUUAAAAGGUAUAAAGCCGAGAUUGGAACAGCAUAAGGCCAAAUGGGCAGACGAGCUCAACAACGUCCUCUGGACAUACAGAACCACGAGCCGAACUGCCACAUGUGAAACACCCUACCAUCUGGCCUUUGGUACCGAAGCAGUCAUUCCUAUCGAGAUAGGAGUCCCAAGCUUCAGGGUCACACAUUUCGAUGAAGGACGAAAUGGACAACUACUUCGGGAGAACCUUGAUCUGCUUGAUGAAGUCAAAGAAGAAGCACGACUUCGAACUCUAGUCUACAAGCAGAAAAUAGCAAACUUCUACAACAAACGAGUUCAACCCCGAACUUUCAAAGUAGGAGACCUAGUUCUCAGGAAAGCUGGUCUAACGGGGUAUGAAACUCGAUUUGGAAAGUUAGCGCCAAACUAGGAAGGUCCCUACACUGUAGCCAAAGUGCCCCACCCAGGUGCUUAUGUCCUACAAGGCACUAAGGGCAAAAGGGUUCCUAGAGUCUAGAAUGCCAAUAAUUUGAAGAAGUUCUACCCUUAAUACAUUUCUUUCCAGUGAAUUUUGUCUUAUUUUCAUAAGCAUCAUUAUUUCUUCUUUCUGAUCAAUGUGUAUCCGAGCUGAAUUUAUUUACCUUAUUAAUGAAUCUCACUUCAUAUC